AUGGCAGAGCCUCAUGAUAAAACACAAGAAGAUGACACUGAUCGCAAAUCUGAAUUAGUAUUGUCUCAAAUACUUGAAAAUGCAAUUAACGACGUCGCCUCACAAUGUUUACUGUACCACGUCUCUAAACCAUUGUUUGGGUCACAUCUAAAAAAAUUUUGGAACCGUAAUAUGCGUAAUUUCCGUCCAGCAGUAGCUUGCUAUCUGCUAACAGCGCCAGAUGAUCCGUUGAAACUGUUUUAUGAGCCUUCUUCGGCUGACGAACUUCGCGCGAUGUACGAAGACGAUAGUAACCUCAAUUAUAUGUUUAAUAAACUUUUUGCCAAUGUUCAUGCGCAAAAGACCUUAAAAAGUGAGAACAAAACAACAUUGUUUGUUUCACUACCGGUUGCUGUGAAAGGAGCUUAUUUACGAGUCACAAAUUCUAGUGGAGCGAAUACAUUCCACCAUCCAACAGAUCCUGCGAGCAAUAUUAUGUUCGAAUAUAAAAACAUUAAUAAAUCUGAAGGCAUUGAAUCAGAAUCUGACGAAGAAACAGCUCCAAACGUCCCAGAUGAUUUGUAUGUUUACAAAGAUCCAUGUCCAGAAACGGAACUACCACUAAUUUCCUUCUGUGACACUUGGGGAAGUUUUUUGUCUUCCAGAUUAGGAAUUAUCACUCUCGGUUCGGCCGAAGAUUCGUUAAUUGUUGGGCAACUAUUUAGUGAAAUAUUUCGUGAGCCUAUCACAGAUGAACCAUUAGAAUUAAAAACAUAUCAAGGUAUCUAUUUUGACCGCGAAAAACAUCAAAAAGACUUGAACAAAGUAUUGAAUCGAGCGCGAAACAACUGUAUUAAAAAAAUUCUAUGCACAGGCGUUUCUUACAAUGAGUCCCUAAAAACUUUAGAAUUGAUUAAAGAAUACCCACAAUCAAAAGAUUUUCUUUACAUGACGUGUGGAGUUCAUCCUACAGAAUCGAAUGAAGUCGACCAGUAUCGAAACUCCGGUGAACUUUUGGAUAGUCUCAAAUCUUUUGUGCUAAACAACAGGGACUACGUCAAAACUUACGGCGAAUAUGGCCUUGAUAAAGCCCGAACUUCUUAUUGUGAUUAUGAAAAGCAACUUUUUUUCUUUGAAGAACAAUUAAAGCUUAAUUCAUAUCUUCAACUACCGUCUUUUUUGCAUUGCCGUGAUGCUUAUGAUGAUUUUAUACAUUUGCUCAGGAAAUACCCUGUUGUAGCAAAAAGUUCUGGGGUCGUUCACAGUUUUGACGGGUCUUUAUCGCAAGCAGAAGAAUUAAUUCGUAAUAAUUUUGACAUUGGAAUUAACGGUUGCAGUUUAAGAAAUUUAGAUACUCAAAUAGCUUGCUCUCAAAUUCCUCUAUCCAGACUCCACAUCGAAACAGACGCUCCGUGGUGUAUUAUUAAAAAAACGCACAGUUCCUGGAAAUCACUCCGAUGGACAGUUUUAGACUCCAAGAUUGUUAAACCUACAGAUUAUAACCUAGAAGAAGAAAACCUAAAACAAACUAGCAUUUGA